AUGCAGAUGCAGAUGAUCCACCUGAUGCAGCCCAUUCAGCCACGCUUGGUGCUGCAGCAGGCCGUGCUCAAGCAGCCAGUGGUGUCGCAUGUGCGGCCAGCGCAGCCGUGGCUUGGGCAGCUGCAGCUGCCAGCUCAGGUGAGGCCGGCGGGGCCCAUGGCGCCAGCCGCGAUGCCAACGCCGGUGAAGCACAUGGCGAAGCUGGCCAGGCCAUUGCGUUGGGUUUAUGCUGCCCCUAUGCAGCGCACCCAAGGACGCACCAAUCAGGUGGUGCUUCCAUUCCAACAGGUUGUUUCGACCAAGGUGAUGGCUCCAGAGCGGAAGGAGCUUCCCAAAGAGGUGUCCACGCAGGUGAAAGCACCAGAGCGCAAAGAGCUCCCGCUGAUUGAUGGCCAAGUUCCCAAAGACGCCGGUGUUGAGGGCAUGCACCCAAUCGAUUUCAAAGCGUUUUGGGAGCAGAGCCUUUUGAAGUUUUUGUCAACUUGUUCAGUUCUUCCAGUCGGUGUUAUGGGUUUCAAGAGGACAGUUCAUGUCCCGGCCAUGGAUCUCCUCAAGGAGAUCCAGAAAUUUGUGGAGAUGUUUUUGGACCAGCCCAUCGUCGCAUUCAUGUGCCAAUACUCGGCCCAUAGGGCUCCGACAGUCGCCAACUUCUACCGAAAGAGCUGCCCAUCCAAGCAGCGAGUGAUAAUCCUAGAGGGCGGCUUCAGGGGAUGGGAGGCCCAUGACCUCCCUAUCCAGCAGAUUGAGACGAAACUGUCCCAGAAAGCGGCUGACCAGCUUGCACUGAAGAUCGGGAAGGAAGUUUCCAAGUUGACCGGUGGACAUCUCUUUGCCUGUGGAGGUCGUGAUGGCGAUAUCUACCACUCCUCAGCCGAGUGCUUUCAGCUACCUGAGGUCGAAGUGCUGCAGGUUUCCACAUCUCGCCGAGCCAUUCAGCUUCGUCAGCUUGGUCAGAAUCCUGCGAGGCCCAUGGCGAUGCCAGUGGCGAUGCCAGUAGCGAUGCCAACGCCCAUCGUGAAGGCCGUGGUCAAGCCCGUGGUGAAGCCAUCGCAAUGGAUUUAUGCCUUGCUCCAAAGCACCCCAGGACGCAGCACCAGGUGGUCCUCUGUGGAAGGAACGGCAAAUAUCCCAGCCAUGGAUCUCCUCAAGGAGAUCGGGAAAUAUGUGGAGGGAUGGGAGGCCCAUGACCUCCUUAUCCAGCAGAUUGAGACGAAACUGUCCCAGAAAGCGUGUGACCAGCUGGCCCUGGUUGGGAAGGAUGUUUCCAAGUUGACCGGCUGGAACGCGUGUGACCAGCUGGCCGUGAAGAUUGGCCAGAGUGUCUCAAAGUUGAUGGCUGAGUGCCGUGUGAUGAGCAGCAGGCACAGUUCGAAUGCCUGCCGCCAUCAGCAUUCAGCCGUCAGUAUCCAGUACCACCCCUUGGUCGAGGUUGGUCUUGAAUCCCCUUGUGGCGUUGUGGCUGAAGGGCCAUCGGAAGCAGCGCCCAAUUUUGAGACGCAACGAACUUCCCAGCUGAGACGGGGCUGCGGCACUCGGAGGUUUGCCGUGGUCGGGCUGAUGCAGAUGAUCCACCUGAUGCAGCCCAUUCAGCCACGCUUGGUGCUGCAGCAGGCCGUGCUCAAGCAGCCAGUGGUGUCGCAUGUGCGGCCAGCGCAGCCGUGGCUUGGGCAGCUGCAGCUGCCAGCUCAGGUGAGGCCGGCGGGGCCCAUGGCGCCAGCCGCGAUGCCAACGCCGGUGAAGCACAUGGCGAAGCUGGCCAGGCCAUUGCGUUGGGUUUAUGCUGCCCCUAUGCAGCGCACCCAAGGACGCACCAAUCAGGUGGUGCUUCCAUUCCAACAGGUUGUUUCGACCAAGGUGAUGGCUCCAGAGCGGAAGGAGCUUCCCAAAGAGGUGUCCACGCAGGUGAAAGCACCAGAGCGCAAAGAGCUCCCGCUGAUUGAUGGCCAAGUUCCCAAAGACGCCGGUGUUGAGGGCAUGCACCCAAUCGAUUUCAAAGCGUUUUGGGAGCAGAGCCUUUUGAAGUUUUUGUCAACUUGUUCAGUUCUUCCAGUCGGUGUUAUGGGUUUCAAGAGGACAGUUCAUGUCCCGGCCAUGGAUCUCCUCAAGGAGAUCCAGAAAUUUGUGGAGAUGUUUUUGGACCAGCCCAUCGUCGCAUUCAUGUGCCAAUACUCGGCCCAUAGGGCUCCGACAGUCGCCAACUUCUACCGAAAGAGCUGCCCAUCCAAGCAGCGAGUGAUAAUCCUAGAGGGCGGCUUCAGGGGAUGGGAGGCCCAUGACCUCCCUAUCCAGCAGAUUGAGACGAAACUGUCCCAGAAAGCGGCUGACCAGCUUGCACUGAAGAUCGGGAAGGAAGUUUCCAAGUUGACCGGUGGACAUCUCUUUGCCUGUGGAGGUCGUGAUGGCGAUAUCUACCACUCCUCAGCCGAGUGCUUUCAGCUACCUGAGGUCGAAGUGCUGCAGGUUUCCACAUCUCGCCGAGCCAUUCAGCUUCGUCAGCUUGGUCAGAAUCCUGCGAGGCCCAUGGCGAUGCCAGUGGCGAUGCCAGUAGCGAUGCCAACGCCCAUCGUGAAGGCCGUGGUCAAGCCCGUGGUGAAGCCAUCGCAAUGGAUUUAUGCCUUGCUCCAAAGCACCCCAGGACGCAGCACCAGGUGGUCCUCUGUGGAAGGAAGCAUCAAAGUUGCGCGGGCAAGAUCGGGCAAGCGGGGCUAUUGGGCCAUUCCAGGAACGGCAAAUAUCCCAGCCAUGGAUCUCCUCAAGGAGAUCGGGAAAUAUGUGGAGGUCGCAAACUUCUACCGAAAGAGCUGCCAGUUCAAACAGCGCGUGAUGAUCCUGGAGGGCGGCUUCAGGGGAUGGGAGGCCCAUGACCUCCCUAUCCAGCAGAUUGAGACGAAACUGUCCCAGAAAGUGUGUGACCAGCUGGCCCUGAUUGGGAAGGAUGUUUCCAAGUUGACCGGCUGGAACGCGUGUGACCAGCUGGCCGUGAAGAUUGGCCAGAGUGUCUCAAAGUUAAUGGCUGAGUGCCAUGUGAUGAGCAGCAGGUUGGUCUUGAAUCCCCUUGUGGCGUUGUGGCUGAAGGGCCAUCAGAAGCAGCGCCCAAUUUUGAGACGCAACUUCCCAGCUGAGGUGGGCAUCUUUUUGCAAUAUCUCCUCAGCCGAGUGCUUUUAGCUAUGCAGAUGAUCCACCUGAUGCAGCCCAUUCAGCCACGCUUGGUGCUGCAGCAGGCCGUGCUCAAGCAGCCAGUGGUGUCGCAUGUGCGGCCAGCGCAGCCGUGGCUUGGGCAGCUGCAGCUGCCAGCUCAGGUGAGGCCCAUGGCGCCAGCCGCGAUGCCAACGCCGGUGAAGCACAUGGCGAAGCUGGCCAGGCCAUUGCGUUGGGUUUAUGCUGCCCCUAUGCAGCGCACCCAAGGACGCACCAAUCAGGUGGUGCUUCCAUUCCAACAGGUUGUUUCGACCAAGGUGAUGGCUCCAGAGCGGAAGGAGCUUCCCAAAGAGGUGUCCACGCAGGUGAAAGCACCAGAGCGCAAAGAGCUCCCGCUGAUUGAUGGCCAAGUUCCCAAAGACGCCGGUGUUGAGGGCAUGCACCCAAUCGAUUUCAAAGCGUUUUGGGAGCAGAGCCUUUUGAAGUUUUUGUCAACUUGUUCAGUUCUUCCAGUCGGUGUUAUGGGUUUCAAGAGGACAGUUCAUGUCCCGGCCAUGGAUCUCCUCAAGGAGAUCCAGAAAUUUGUGGAGAUGUUUUUGGACCAGCCCAUCGUCGCAUUCAUGUGCCAAUACUCGGCCCAUAGGGCUCCGACAGUCGCCAACUUCUACCGAAAGAGCUGCCCAACCAAGCAGCGCGUGAUGAUCCUGGAGGGCGGCUUCAGGGGAUGGGAGGCCCAUGACCUCCCUAUCCAGCAGAUUGAGACGAAACUGUCCCAGAAAGCGGCUGACCAGCUUGCACUGAAGAUCGGGAAGGUCGCGAUGGCGAUAUCUACCUCAGCCGAGUGCUUUCAGCUACCUGAGGUCGAAGUGCUGCAGGUUUCCACAUCUCGCCGAGCCAUUCAGCUUCGCCGUGGUCAGGCAGCCAGUGCUGUCGCAUGCGCGGCCAGCGCAGCCCUGGGACGGGUGCAUCAGCUUGGUCAGAAUUCUGCGAGGCCCAUGGCGAUGCCAGUGGCGAUGCCAACGCCCAUCGUGAAGGCCGUGGUCAAGCCCGUGGUGCACGCCAGGAACGGCAAAUAUCCCGGCCAUGGAUCUCCUCAAGGAGAUCGGGAAAUAUGUGGAGGAGUGUGGGGACCAGCCGAUCGUGGCAUUUUUUUGCCAGUAUUCGAGUACUGGCACAAGAAUGCCACGAUCGGCUGGUCCCCAAAAUCCUUCACGUACUUCCCGAUCUCCUUGAGGUUGGUCUUGAAUCCCCUUGUGGCGUUGUGGCUGAAGGGCCAUCAGAAGCAGCGCCCAAUUUUGAGACGCAACUUCCCAGCUGAGGUGGGCAUCUUUUUGCAAUAUCUCCUCAGCCGAGUGCUUUUAGCUGUACCUGAUGCUCCAGACGGGGCUGCGGCACUCGGAGAUGCAGAUGAUCCACCUGAUGCAGCCCAUUCAGCCACGCUUGGUGCUGCAGCAGGCCGUGCUCAAGCAGCCAGUGGUGUCGCAUGUGCGGCCAGCGCAGCCGUGGCUUGGGCAGCUGCAGCUGCCAGCUCAGGUGAGGCCAGGCCCAUGGCGCCAGCCGCGAUGCCAACGCCGGUGAAGCACAUGGCGAAGCUGGCCAGGCCAUUGCGUUGGGUUUAUGCUGCCCCUAUGCAGCGCACCCAAGGACGCACCAAUCAGGUGGUGCUUCCAUUCCAACAGGUUGUUUCGACCAAGGUGAUGGCUCCAGAGCGGAAGGAGCUUCCCAAAGAGGUGUCCACGCAGGUGAAAGCACCAGAGCGCAAAGAGCUCCCGCUGAUUGAUGGCCAAGUUCCCAAAGACGCCGGUGUUGAGGGCAUGCACCCAAUCGAUUUCAAAGCGUUUUGGGAGCAGAGCCUUUUCAAGUUUUUGUCAACUUGUUCAGUUCUUCCAGUCGGUGUUAUGGGUUUCAAGAGGACAGUUCAUGUCCCGGCCAUGGAUCUCCUCAAGGAGAUCCAGAAAUUUGUGGAGAUGUUUUUGGACCAGCCCAUCGUCGCAUUCAUGUGCCAAUACUCGGCCCAUAGGGCUCCGACAGUCGCCAACUUCUACCGAAAGAGCUGCCCAUCCAAGCAGCGAGUGAUAAUCCUAGAGGGCGGCUUCAGGGGAUGGGAGGCCCAUGACCUCCCUAUCCAGCAGAUUGAGACGAAACUGUCCCAGAAAGCGGCUGACCAGCUUGCACUGAAGAUCGGGAAGGAAGUUUCCAAGUUGACCGGUGGACAUCUCUUUGCCUGUGGAGGUCGUGAUGGCGAUAUCUACCACUCCUCAGCCGAGUGCUUUCAGCUACCUGAGGUCGAAGUGCUGCAGGUUUCCACAUCUCGCCGAGCCAUUCAGCUUCGUCAGCUUGGUCAGAAUCCUGCGAGGCCCAUGGCGAUGCCAGUGGCGAUGCCAGUAGCGAUGCCAACGCCCAUCGUGAAGGCCGUGGUCAAGCCCGUGGUGAAGCCAUCGCAAUGGAUUUAUGCCUUGCUCCAAAGCACCCCAGGACGCAGCACCAGGUGGUCCUCUGUGGAAGGAAGCAUCAAAGUUGCGCGGGCAAGAUCGGGCAAGCGGGGCUAUUGGGCCAUUCCAGGAACGGCAAAUAUCCCAGCCAUGGAUCUCCUCAAGGAGAUCGGGAAAUAUGUGGAGGUCGCAAACUUCUACCGAAAGAGCUGCCAGUCCCGACAGCGCGUGAUGAUCCUGGAGGGCGGCUUCAGGGGAUGGGAGGCCCAUGACCUCCCUAUCCAGCAGAUUGAGACGAAACUGUCCCAGAAAGUGUGUGACCAGCUGGCCCUGAUUGGGAAGGAUGUUUCCAAGUUGACCGGCUGGAACGCGUGUGACCAGCUGGCCGUGAAGAUUGGCCAGAGUGUCUCAAAGUUGAUGGCUGAGUGCCAUGUGAUGAGCAGCAGGCACAGUUCGAAUGCCUGCCGCCAUCAGCAUUCAGCCGUCAGUAUCCAGUACCACCCCUUGGUCGAGGCCAACAUUGCUUCGCCCACAACUAGACGACGGAUGGCCCGAUCUAUGUAG